CUCCAAUCAUACGUGAUGUGGCGGCACGCUAUUUGUGCCGGGUUGCUGCUACGUGGUUAUUUGGUUUAGUAUGGAUCAUAGGUAUCAUUUACUUGUAUAAAGGUGUUCAGUAAUUUAUUUUGACUUAUAAUGCGGUAGGACUGAAAGUUCUUGGGUGCGCUCCGCUCCCAAUCAGGCAUUCCGAAGACAUGUUGAACUGAAUCCACACUACAGGCUAUCCAAUCAGAGGAGCGUGCCUUUUCCGCUUUGUUUUGGCACGAAUAGGAGGCAAACCGUGGUGAUACCUGCAGAUGACACAGAGUGAAUUCAACGGCCUCCAGUGUAUAUGAGAUUUGGAGGUUGAUUGAAAAUGAAGACCCUUGCAAUAUAUAUUCAGUGUCUGUUCUUCAUCUUGUGCAUUGGUGCCGAAGAUGGACCUUCAAAAGAGCCAGAUUUGGGCAGUGAAGCUACUCCUAAGCCACAUGAUCAUGCAAAAUUCAGUGGCUUCACUCUGGAUGAUUCAAGCUGGAAAAUUGUUUGGCAUGGGAGCACAGACACAGAACUCCUUAAUGCUCCAAAUAUGGAAUCAAUCCUUAUGCUUACCAAGGACAAUGAGCAGUAUAACUGCCAGCUGGAAAAUUCAAGGAGAUUGACCAAGGAUGAGGAUGUUGCCUAUGAAGGCCCCAACCCAUUGGAGCUGCUGGAGCCACUGUUCAGCAAAAUGGCCUGUUCUUAUAGGUUGGAGUCGUACUGGACAUACGAGGUUUGCCAUGGGGACUUCGUGCGGCAGUACCACGAGACCAAGGAGGGAAAGCAGACCAAGCUGAUCGAGUACUUCCUGGGCCGCUACAGCAAAGACACGCUCAAGUCUCAGAUCGCCGAGCUGGACGCGGCCAUCGCGGCGGGUACGGCCGCUUCCCCGAAGAAGCUGCGGCUGGAGGAGCUGGACCUGCCGUACCUGGAGGUGCCGUACCGGGACGGCACGGUGUGCGACCUGACCGGGCGGCCGCGCGAGACGCUGGUGCGCUACGUGUGCCACGCCGGCGGCCGGCACGAGCUGGUCUCCUUCCAGGAGAGCUCCUCCUGUCAGUACGUGAUCGUGGUGCUGUCGCCGCUGCUCUGCAGCCACCCAGACUACAGGGUGACGGCCGACGUGGAGAACAGCAUCCACUGCAUCGCGCUCUCCAACUCGCCGAAGCGGCCGCGCUCGCUGCUGGAGCUGGAGUCGGAGAGCCUAGGCGCUGCGCCACCACCUGAUGGCGCCGAGCCCGCCGCCGCCGCCGAGUCCAAGGCCUCGCCCGUCUACGACGAGAAGCUGGUCAACGAUUUUCUGGCCGGCAGGCACUGCCUGAACGGGGGCUCCGGCUGGUGGCGGUACGAGUUCUGCUACGGCAAGCGGGUGGACCAGUAUCACGUGAACCGGGACGGCUCGCGCACCACCCUCCACCUGGGCUUCUUCAGCCACGACGUGCACCGCCAGUGGCUACGCGCCAACCCACUGAAGCGGCCCAAGCCGGUGCCGGCGCGCCGCCACGUGUCGCACUUCUACUCGGGCGGCACCAUGUGCGACGAGUCGGGCGCGCCGCGCUCCGUCGAGGUCAAGUUGAAGUGCAAGCUCUCGGACAGCCCGAACGCCGUGUCGCUGUACCUGCUGGAGCCGCGCACGUGCGAGUACAUCCUGGGCGUCGAGUCGCCCAUCAUCUGCGGGCUGAUCGACUCGGCCGACGAGGACGGACUGCUGGACCGGUAGGGGCGCGCCUGCCGGUGGACGCGGUGCGAUGGCGGGUGGGACCGGUGGAGGCCGGUGGACCGGUGGAGGGGUUCGGUUAGCUGCCGGAAGGACGGGUAGAGACCGGUGAAGACCGGGGGACCGGUGGAGGAGGGUUCGGUGAGCUGUCAGGAGGACGGAUAGAGACCGUGGGGCCGCACAGAGUACGGCGGAGCUGACUGGCGGAUGGGUCAUUGGAGAUGUCUCGUGGGCCGGAGCGUGUUCCCUUGUGCCCUGGUAAUGACUCAUGAACCCUGCGGUCCAAGAGCGUGGCCUGGCUACACGGCUGCUGGUUUGGUAGCCCGGGCUGAACGAUGUGGUAGGCGUCCGGUGGAGCGGGCCCAGAACGGCCAGCGGGCCGCCAGCGGACCGACCACUGCCGUGUGUAUAACCGAGCCUUGGGGUGGGGACGGGUGACGGGCCUGGCCGUGGCCAGUAUUGUGUGGCGCAGCGUGCGGUGUAGUGGAGAAUGCCAACGCUUGUGACACCGCUCCCGUUGGUGAGCUGCUGUUAACGAGGGCGGCGUUAUACCACGGUUAGCUGGCACUAGAACCGCUGGGAGCAUUCAUAUCCAGCCUAUCGGCGAUGUGGCCAGCAGUGACCAGUGGCGGAAUCAAACACAUCAGUAGAUAGUCGAGGACGGCGUAUGUUUUAACAGGUUGAAUUAGGUCGUAGACUGAUUUCCCUCUGCUCAUCAAAAGUUGGUCGUGUCUGCCGUAGCAUGUGUGUGAUUAUCCCACAUUGUGAUAUGUUGUUGUUCCGUUACGUGCACACGGAUCACAUCAACACCAAUACAAAGUUUUGAAAGGA